CGUUUCGCAUAUUCAUCAGCACCGCUGCGGCGUGUGGACUGCGUACAGUUUGGCAUCCUUUCACCUGAGGAAAUUAAAAAUAUGUCAGUGGCCAAGAUUGAGCAUGCAGAACUGAUCGACGAAGCCACUAAGAGACCUAAGAUUGGUGGCCUGCAUGACCCUAGAAUGGGAACUAUUAACCGAAACUUC